AGGGCAUAUUGGCUCAGCCCAGUGACACAGUAAAACUGGUGAGAGUGAGGGUCGGUCGGGGAUGUCCUUAAAACUCCAGAAGCGGCUCGCCGCAUCCCUUCUGGGAUGCGGCAAGAAGCGCGUGUGGAUGGACCCCAAUGAGACCAACGAGCUGUCCAUGGCCAACUCUCGCUUCAACAUCAGGAAGCUGAUCAAGGAUGGCUUGAUCAUCCGCAAGGCAGUGACCAUGCACUCUCGAUCCCGCGUGCGAAAGAAUUUGGAAGCCAAGCGCAAGGGCCGCCACAUGGGCACUGGCAAGCGCAAGGGUACUCGUGAGGCUCGUAUGCCAACCAAGGUCUUGUGGAUGCGCCGUCAGCGCGUGCUCCGCCGUCUCCUCCGAAAGUACCGCCAACAGAAGAAGAUUGACAAGCAGCUCUACCACUUCUUCUACCGCCAUGCCAAGGGUAACUGCUACAAGAACAAGCGAGUCCUGAUGGAGGCUAUCCAUGCCAAGAAGACUGAGAAGAUGAAGGAGAAGGCCCUGCAGGAACAGUCUGAGGCCCGCAAGGAGAAGGCUCGCAUCGCCAAGGAGAAGAAGCUCCAGAAGAAGGCGGAUGCUGCACGCACGGAAGAGGACGGCGGCUGGCAGCAGCAGAAGAAGCGCUGAGAAGGUGGAGGUUCGCUUGCAGAGAGAACCGAUGACUUGCUUCCUGAGAGCACGACCUGAGCCAGUGAAAAUGCGGAGAA